CACCACUGCACAGUCUGCACCACACGGCCACACCGGUCGAGAAAGCGAAAGCCAAAGCCGCGAAGGCCGCGGCGGUUAGAAGAGAGGAGAGCAGACCGAGAGCCGAGAGGCACGCGUCGUAGCGAGCCAGUCGAUGGGGUGCAUCUCCUCGAAGCUCCUCCCGCCGGGGCCAGGCGGCGACGGCAGGCGCGCCACGGUGCGCGGCCGUGUCGAACACGUCGUCUCCCUCACCUCCACCACCUACGGCGUCCUCGACCUCCACCCCAAGCACGGAGGAGCCGUCCUCCCCGCAUCUGCCGCUGCUGACGAAGAGGCGGAGAAUGAGCAGCAGCAGCAGCCGCCGCCGCCGCCGCCUCAGGACAAGCCGAUAAGCAAGGAGUGGAAGCGUGCCAGCAUGCGUCCGCCGCCAAUUGCGGUCCCGAGCGCCGACAAGAAGCCGGCGGGGAAGCCGGAGUCCGGCCUGGAGGUCAUCAACGCGUGGGAGAUCAUGGCCGGGCUCGAGGAGUCCUACGCCGCCGGGUCGCCGGCGAAGAAGCCGUCCAAGCCGGGCCGGUGGUCGCCGGCCAGGGUCAUCGCCAUGGCCCUGCCGUCGCCCAAGAGGUCGGCGACGAGGCGGAAGAACACGCCGGGGAAGGAGAACAGCCCGCUCCAGCGUUGCUCGGGAAAUACCAGCAGCAGGGGCAGGGACAAGGACAAGCCAGGCGACGUCGACACCGACAGGGUCCUCCGCCCGUACAAUUCGAUCGACAACUCCAAGCUGUCGAUGGCGUCCAAGAGGUUCUCCCCGGGCAGCGCGCGGAUCGUCCGCAAGCCCAGCGCCGCCGCCGCCGAGACCACCGGCGGCGGCGGUGGCGGCAUGUCGUCGUCGCGGCGCAGCCUGAGCCCGCUGUUCGACCCGGAGCUGCUGGCGUCCAUCGAGCGCGAGCUCUCGGAGGAAGGCGCCCACGUCAAGCGGAUGGUAGGGUCGGAGAAGCCCAAGCACCCGAAGGCGGCGCCGCCGGCGAUCGUGGCAGAGGGGAAGUGUCCGCCUGGGGGCGCUGACGCCGUCGUCCUCUACACCACCACACUCCGCGGCAUCCGCAGGACCUUCGAGGAGUGCAACGCCGUGCGCGCGGCCAUGGAGGUCCACGACGUGAAGCUGAUCGAGCGGGACGUGUCCAUGGACUCGGGCUACCGCGAGGAGCUUCGCCUGCUGCUGGGCGGCCGGGAGGUGCGCGUGCCCGCCGUGUUCGUGCGGGGCAGGCACGUCGGCGGCGCCGCCGAGGUGGCCAAGCUGGAGGAGGAAGGCAAGCUGAAGCCGCUGCUGGAGGGCCUGCCCCGGGCGCGGGUGUGGUGCGCGGGCUGCGCCGGGGUGCGCUUCGUCAUGUGCCGCGACUGCAACGGCAGCCGCAAGGUGCUCGACGCCGACCGCAAGGAGACGGUCAAGUGCGGCGAGUGCAACGAGAACGGCCUCGUCCGCUGCCCGAUCUGCUCGUGAAUCGUCCGCGAACGAUGGGGUGGAUCAGGCGAUUGAUUGGUGGUGUCAAAGUUGUGCAUUGCUGUGUUCGAUUGGGUUGAUCUGCCCGUCUACCCCCACGGCUGCUUUUGAUCUUGCUAUAUGCGAUGUGCCUGUUGCUCUCGGCAACAGCUGCCACUGUAAUAUGAACCCAUUCAUAUUGUUGCAUAUGUAGUUUAAUUAUCUAAUUUAAUCAAAUGUAAUUUGAUUGCUUCUUAUUGACUUUUUGUGCUGAUGAUUUGAG